CCGAGCGUAAUAAAUAUGAAUACCUACCAAGUUUCUCCAAGACAAAAAUCUCUAGGAUAUUAGGCCCUGCAGAGGUUGUUCUCUUUACCCUUCCUCCUUCGUUGCAUUUGUGAUACCCCUCAUCAUCACCCACGUCAAUUGACCUCGUCCUUCUUCUUCGUGGUUACGCAGGAAGAAGACAGCAAGCCAAUUAUCCCCAAGAAUGUCUGCCGUUAACCGGACCCUCCGAACGGCCUCCAAGCAGCUGCGCUUCCAGUCUCCCCGGGGUCUUCGUGUCGCCGCCCCUCUCGUGGCCCGCUCGGCGUUCGGCGCCGCUCGCUCUUCUCUUCCCGCUUCUCACGGUGCCGCCUUUUCAACUUCUGCUGCUAGACGAUCAGGAGCGCCCAACAUGUCUUCCGCCGACCGUGAAUACGAUCCUGAGAUCAAGGAUAUUGCCGACUAUGUCGCCAACAAGACCAUUGACUCUGAGCUUGCUUUCGACACUGCUCGAUGGAUCCUUCUCGACACCCUUGGCUGCGGUCUUGAAGGUUUGAGGUUCAAGGAGUGCUCUAAGCUCCUUGGGCCCAUUGUCCCUGGCACCGUUGUCCCUAACGGUCCCAAGGUCCCUGGUACUCCCUUCCAGCUUGACCCCGUCAACGCCGCUUUCAACAUUGGUGCUAUGAUCCGAUGGCUCGACUUCAACGACUGCUGGCUCGCUGCUGAGUGGGGUCAUCCUUCUGACAACUUGGGUGCUAUUCUCGCUGUUGCUGACUGGAUCAACCGUACCAACAAGGCUGGUGGUAACCUCGCUGGUGGCAAGACCUUUGUUGUCAAGGAUAUUCUUGAGGCCAUGAUCAAGGCACACGAGAUCCAGGGUUGCCUGGCUCUCCUCAACUCUUACAACAAGGUCGGUCUUGACCACGUUGUUCUUGUCAAGGUCGCCUCUACCGCCGUCGUCUCCAAGAUGCUCGGCCUCAACGAGAAGCAGAUUGCCGACGCUGUUACCCAGGCUUGGGUUGAUGGCCAGUCUCUGCGAACCUACCGCCACACCCCUAACACCAUGUCCCGAAAGUCCUGGGCUGCCGGUGAUGCUUGCCAGCGUGCCGUCAACCUGGCUCUCAAGGUCCUGAAGGGUGAGCAGGGCGUUCCUACUGUCCUGUCCGCUCCCGUCUGGGGUUUCUACGAUGUCCUUUUCAAGGGACAGAAGUUCGAGUUCCAGCGCCCCUAUGGCAGCUAUGUCAUGGAGAACGUUCUCUUCAAGGUCUCCUACCCUGCCGAGUUCCACUCUCAGACCGCCGUCGAGGCCUCUGAGAAGAUUCACCACCUCCUCAAGUCUCAGGGCAAGUCUGCCGCUGACAUCAAGUCCAUCACUUGCCGAACCCACGAGGCUUGCAUCCGCAUCAUUGACAAGCAGUUCAAGCCCAUGGACAACUUUGCCGACCGUGACCACUGUAUCCAGUACAUGUGCGCCACCAUGCUUGUUUUCGGCCGUCUUGAGGCCACUGACUACGUCGACGGUGGUGAGGCUGCCACCUCUCCUCUGGUUGAGUCUCUCCGCCAGAAGAUCAAGUGUGUUGAGGAUCCUCAGUACACCAAGGAUUACCAUGACCCCAAGCUCCGAACCAUCUCCAACGCUCUUACUGUCGAGCUUAACGACGGCACUGUCCUCGAUGAGGUCGCUGUUGAGGCUCCUCUUGGCCACCGUCUCCGCCGUGAGGAGGCCAAGCCCGUCAUUCUCGAGAAGUACAAGCGCCACCUUGGCCCUCACUACCCCGAGGCCCGCGUUAAGGAGCUUGUGGAGCUCAACUUGGACGCCAAGAAGCUUGAGUCUACCCCCGUUGAUGAGUAUGUUGAUCUAUACACUGUUGAGAGCAGCAAGUUCGUGCAAUAAAGGAAUUUAUGAAUGGAAGAGGUGGAGGACGCAUAUUUAAUCGCAAAGCCCAAAGAAGGCUAUGUAUGGCUUGGAUAGAAUGAAAAUAUCACGCCUAAAAUGAACCAAUGAAUAUAAAAAGUCAACAAGUUUCAAUGAAAGAAUCUAUGAGCACCUUUCCUUACUCCCACGUGUAAUAAAAGGCGU